AUGAGCCUUUCCAUCGCCGUUCCCAAUGAGUACGGCUAUGUCGUUCUCACGUCUGUCGUUGGAGGCUUUGUUACGAGUACUAUCCUUGGCGGUUUUGUCAUGAAAGCUCGCGCUCAAUAUCAGGUCCCUUAUCCCAACUUGUAUGCAACUCCGGGCUUUCAUAAGCAGGCGGACGCUUUCAACCGCGUUCAACGUGGUCAUCAGUGCUUCUUUGAAACGUAUUCAGUAUUUGCGCUCAUGGCCUUGAUCGGUGGCCUGAAGCAUCCGAUAAUUUCUGCUGGUUCGGCUGUUUUGUACCACGUGGGCAGUUUCCUCUUCCUCAAAGGGUAUGCG